ACUAUGUGACAUAUUAACUAGGAUGAAUAAACCUAAAUUAAGGAUCUUGCUGAACAAAGAAGAAGAAGAAGAAGAAGUGGACUAGAAGCAGCUUACAAGCUAUAAUCUUGUGAUUUUCUCAUUUCUGAUGAACUUUCUCUAUUUUCUUUCAGUGAAUAAUAUUUUUUAAAAUAAAUUCUAGGGAAGGGGUAUUCCCUGAAUUCAUCUCCUCUUCAUAUGGUUAAUAUACACAUUUUUAUUUCCUUAAGUCACUUUAUAGUAUUCAUGGGAAUCUAACAAAUUAUAUUUUAGAUAUUGCAUAUUUACUUUUCCUCCUGAUUUAUAUUUUGUUUAUUUGAUUGGGAACAAGAUAUAUCAUUUUAUUAGUUAAACUUAAAUAUGUAAUGCAAAUGAAUGAAAAGCAGAUUGGUGUAUAAGGCAUGGAAGUGAACAACCAAACCAGGGUCCAGAUGUUUAUCCUUCUGGGUUUUCCCAGUGUUCUAGAACUUCAGAGACUACUAUUUGUAGUAUUUCUUUGUAUCUACAUCCUCACUCUUGUGGAGAACACUAUGAUCAUCAUCCUCAUCAGGACAAAUAGUCACCUCCAAAAACCCAUGUAUCUCUUCCUCAGUCACUUGUCUUUCCUUGAGACUUGGUAUAUUUCUGUGACUGUUCCAAAGCUCCUGACUAACUUCUUAGCAACAGAUAAAAGCAUUUCCUAUGCAGGCUGCAUGGCUCAGCUGUAUUUUUUCAUAUCCCUAGCCUGCACUGAAUGUGUCCUGCUGGCUGUUAUGGCUUAUGAUCGUUAUGUUGCCAUCUGCCAUCCACUACGCUAUCCUGUUAUAAUGACAUCUCAGCUUUGCUUGCAGCUAGCAGUGAGUUCCUGGUUCACUGGUUUCCUAAUUUCUAUGCUCAAAGUUUUUUUCAUUUCACAUUUGAGUUUUUGUGGGCCCAAUGUCAUCAACCACUUCUUCUGUGACAUCUCCCCUUUGCUCAAUCUCUCCUGCACUGACCGAACUGUGGUUGAAAUUGUUGACUUUGUAUUUGCUCUUCUUAUCCUUUUAAUUCCACUCUCUGUCACAAUGGGCUCCUAUGCAUUUAUCAUAGGCACCAUUUUAAAUAUCCCUACAAGCCAAGGAAAAAGAAAAGCUUUUUCUACUUGUACCUCCCACCUCACAGUGGUUACUAUCUUCUACUCAGCUACACUCUUCAUGUAUGCAAGACCAAGGAGAAUCCAUUCUUUCAACACCAAUAAGCUUGUGUCAGUUGUGUACACUGUUGUUACUCCCAUGCUGAAUCCAUGCGUUUAUUGUUUAAGGAAUCAGGAUGUCAAGUUAGCACUGAAAAAAAUAUUUUGCAGCUUCAGUCUUGAGAACAUGAUUAGUGAUCUUUAGACUAGCGACUAAUGGAUUUAUUUCUGCAAGCAAAAAUAAUAACUUCAUUUUUUUACAUAUGUUUAUUCCACAAUAUACUUAGUAGACAAAAAUGCUGAAAAUUCAUAGGAGAAAAAAUGGAUUUCACUGACAAAUGUCUUUUGUGGGACUGCAUAUCAAUAACAAUCAGUGUUAAAUCAUAUAAAAAUAAAGAAAUAAGAACAUGUAGAAAUGCUGGGAACAAGUCACCAUAAUUAUACCGAUUGCAUUUAAGUAAACAUAGCAAGUAAUCUAAAUUUAAUAAUACACAAUUAUUUUCAUUUUAAACAAUAAUUCCAAUUUCAAAAUUAAGGACAGAUGUCAGAUUAUAUGAUGUUAUCAAAUUCUAUUUUUAAUGAUGUAUUUCUAUGUGUUUUCCAGAAUAGGACAGGAAUAGGGAUGAAACAAGGUAAGAAACUUUAGUUUUGUGCCUAAAGAUCUUUCUCUUCCUAUCUUAGUAAAUGAAAUAAAGAAAAGAAUUGUUUUCAUUGCAGCCUUAUACACAUGAUUGAACUAACCUAGAUGAAUUCUAAGAAUCCAUUCAUACAGCCCUUUUGUUCAUAUUAGUAUUCCACAACAUACUUAGUAGACAAAAAUGUUGAAAAAUCAUAGGAGAAAAAUUGGAUUUCACUGGCAAAUGUCUCUUGUGGGACUGCAUACCGAUAACAGUCAGUCUUAAAUCAUAUAAAGAUAAAGAAAUAAGAACAUGUAGAAAGACAUGUUUGACUGGUUCUUCCCCCAGUUCUUGAUUUUGGCAUGUCAUAUCACCUCCAAAGCAAAAAUCAAGUUACAUCACUAUGAAUGAGAUAAAAGGUCAACCCACCAAUGGUAAAUUUGGGCCUAAAGGAGGAAAAAGAUAAUUUGAAUUGUGUGAUAUAUGGAAGUCAUUUUUUUGCCAGCAAUGUUUCAGACACAGGGUUGUUGUUAAAAUCUGGUUGGUAUUUUCUCAAAACAUUGGAAUAUGCAAGAAGGAGGAAUAUAAAUUUAUUGGUAUUGAAAUAAUGAGACACCAUCCUGAUCUCUCAUUGGUUAUCAUAUUUACUUUCUAGCUUUCAGCUCCCAAAUGGCGGUCAAAAUGGUUUUCAGUUCAAAAUGGUACUUUCUGAUGAAAAUAAAAGUAACAAUUUUAAACACAACAAAUUUCUUGAGAAAGAGAAAGAAAGAAAGAAAGAAAGAAAGAAAGAAAGAAAGAAAGAAAGAAAGAAAGAAAGAAAGAAAGGCUUCCUAUUUACCAAAGCUUGUACCAAAAUAAUACUUUUAUCAAUCACCUAUAUAUUUACAUACUUACUUAUUUAGCUCUUCAUUUGAAUGGAGGAAUGAGAUAAUAAAAUUAUGGACAAUUGGUCCAAUAUUGCUGUAUGGGAAGAAAAUAAAAGAGGAAAAUAGCUUGUAGUAAUAGCAAUGAAAGUAUUUUUUUAAAAAAAUGUAAAUAUUCUCAGAUGUGUUUCGUCUGAUGAAGAACUUUCUCAUAUGAAGACACCUAAAAUGUUUUCUAAGGCAAGACAAAGACAUUUUUUAGAAGACUGAUGAAUCUUCAGUCUCUGAUGAGAAUUUGAUGGAGGAGUCUCACAUUUUUAUCUUGCACAUCAUACAUUCAAAUAACAGUAAGAAAAAUCUGUAAAUAAAUUGUGAUUUAGAACUGAAAGAAAAAAAAUAUGCUGAUCUCUGCCACUUUUUGAAGCAAGAUUACUUGCUUAUAUUCCCCUUACUGUUUGCUUAGUAGUAAGCUUUUGUUUUCACUUUGCCAACCAUGGUUUCAGUAAUAUGAAAACUACAAGACCUCUUCCAUACAAACUAUCACUUACAGUCCUACUACAUUUCAGUUCAAAAUAAUAAUAUUCAAAACUAGAUGUAUCUAUGACACAUUUCCUGUGAGCUGAUGUUUUGUAUUGAAUUGUCCAAGUCACCAUUGUGGUUAUUAUGCUGAUUGCAAAUAAUAGGAAGGCUUUUAUACAAUAUUUGACUCCUCAUUAAGAGAACAAUCUCAAGAGUUGUUUUUCUUUGUUUUGUCUCAUUCUUUCCUGGAACUAUAAAGAAAUAGUUCUUUAUAGAAUUAAACAUCAAUUUUCCCAAUAGAUGUGUGCAAUAAUAUUUAAAUAUAAAUCUCUCAGUUAUGUAAUUCUGAUUUGGUUUAUAAUACUAAUUCAGUCAUAUUGAGCCAUCAACCAAGCAAUUUAUAUAAUCUCUCUGUUAAUAGUUAUUGUUCUUGUCCAUAAAUAAAUAAAACUCUAUUUCCAUUCUC